CUGUUGUAGUGAGAGUUGCAACACCGCGAUCGCGCUGCCUUGAAUUGCCGAGUCUCCUCCAUCUUUCCCACACUCGUUGACAGCAAUUGUUCUUCGGCACUUGCAGCAUUGUAGUAGUUGAGGGUUUCGUGGGGUUUGCGGGAGGUGGGUUGUUCUCUGGCAGAGACAGACUUCGUGGCCAUGGGUUACGUAGGAAAGCAUGGCGUCGAGGCGCUACACCGCUACAAGUACAGCGGGAUCGAUCGCUCCUACAUGGCCAAAUGGGUCUUCCAACCAUUCUGGCGUUUCGCCGUCAAUUUCUUUCCCAUGUGGAUGCCUCCCAACAUGAUUACUUUGAUGGGAUUUGGCAUGGUCCUCACUUCAGCGUUGCUGAGUUAUAUUUAUUCGCCGAAUUUGGACGCACCUGCUCCUCGGUGGGUGUACUUUGCACAUGGCAUCCUUCUCUUUCUUUACCAGACUUUUGAUGCUGUUGAUGGCAAGCAAGCUAGGCGGACAAACUCUUCGAGCCCUCUCGGAGAGCUUUUUGAUCACGGUUGUGAUGCCCUCACUUGCUCGUUUGAAACUAUGGCAUUUGCAUCCUCUGUGAUGAGUGGCAAAUUAUCGUUCUGGUUUUGGGUAAUUGCUACUAUCCCUUUCUACGGUGCCACUUGGGAAAGUUACUUCACAGAUACACUCAUCCUUCCAGAAAUCAACGGUCCAACUGAAGGGCUGAUGCUUAUUUACUGUGCCCACAUCUUUACGGGAAUUGUUGGUCCAACGUGGUGGACACAGAGUGUUAAGAAGGUUGUUCCAGGUCUGAGUAUGAUUUCGUUCAUUCCAGACGUAUCUGUAACUGUGUUGGUCAUCUUUUUAAUGAUGGCGGUGGCUGUUACCCCCACUGUGGGUUACAAUUUUGUGAACGUACACAAAGUGGUGAGGGGAAGAGGUUCCAGCUUUAGGAAUGCCUUGGCCAUGCUCUUUCCCUUUUGGACACUUGUAGGAUCAGUUAUUUUCUGGGGUUGGGUAUCACCUUCCGACAUCUUCAGAUUUCAACCACAUUUGCUCAUGAUGGGAACUGGAUUCGCUUUCGCCUACCUAGUGGGUCGGCUAAUUCUUGCUCACUUGUGUGAUGAACCCAAGGGUUUGAAGACUGGAAUGUGCACGGCUUUAUUGUACCUGCCUUUUGCGAUUAGCAAUGCUUUAUCAGCGACGUUCUUUGAGGGUAAACCUCUCGUGGACGAGACUUGGGUCUUGGUUGGGUACUGUGCUUUUACAGUUUGUCUCUACGGCCACUUUGUUGUAAGUGUUAUUCACGAGAUCACAGAGGCACUUGGCAUCCAUUGCUUUAGGAUCGGUAAAGUUAAAGACGGGAAAGGAACCUAAACUCGAGGUUCUUCGAUGAUUGCACCUUCAGAGCUGGCAGAUUCGCCCGCCACAGUUGGAGACCAUUAGUGAUUUUUGGGCUUCCCGACAGCGUUACAUAGUGUCAUUGAACAGCGCACGCUUCUCUUGAUAAAGACCAAUCUGCACAGCUAGUUCAGGACACAUAGGGAUCAAAACAAGAGGGAAUGCAUUCACUGAAUUUGAUAUUAGACCCGAAUCGACUUCAAAUCUACGUAAUUCAAACUCAUAAGUUUUGUAAACUUAUUCCGAAUUCAACAUAUUUGUCUUUGUAUUGGUCAUUUGUGUGGAAUGCA